GACUUCACCAUCCAUCUCUGGCUCUCUUCGUUCCUUCCUUCGCUAUAUUCAUCAACAUAUCGCCCACUUGGUUCUUGGCUUCGGCAGGUCAGGUUCCCAUCCCUUUCUUCACAUCGCACUGUACUCUAAAGUCUGUCACCCACUGUCCCAAUCUUCCUAAAAAGAUCCCACUGCUUACAAAUCUACUCUAUUAAUGCCUGUGUGAGCGAUUAUUCUGAUUCAAUGUUAUGAAAAUCAGCUUAUGAAGAAACCCUAGAAGAUUAUGUCGAAGCUAUGGAGACUGGAGAGGUUUUCUUUGUUGCGUCUUGGGUCGCCACUCGGCUAUCUUGGAUUUUCGUUGAAGCCUUAUUGUUGCGAUGCUAUGGAUUUUCGUUGAAGCCUUGAAUUUUGCUUAUAAUCUAUUAUUAGUCAUUGUCAGCCCUUUCUUCAAGUUAGCUAUCUGAGAUUCUGGAUGGAAGACAUUUCUCUUAACAGUGAAGAAGUAACUGUAGGUCAAGGCAGUGAGGCUUUCCAAGAGAGACAUGAUCAGAAAACAGAUUUGGACAGUCAAAAUGGUGUUCUUGAGGGAAGAAAGGAAUUCGUAGCUCCUGCUAUGGGAAUGGAGUUUGAAUCAUACGAAGAUGCUUACAACUACUACAAUUGUUAUGCCAGAGAGAUGGGGUUUUGUGUAAGGGUGAAAAAUUCGUGGUUCAAACGAAGUAGUAGAGAGAAGUAUGGUGCAGUACUUUGUUGCAGCAGCCAGGGUUUUAAAAGAAUAAAAGAUGUAAACCGUCUACGGAAGGAAACCAGAACUGGUUGUCCUGCAAUGAUAAGGAUGCGUUUAGUGGACUCUAGAAGGUGGAGGGUACUUGAAGUUACCCUUGAACACAACCACUUGUUGAGUGCAAGAACUUACAAGUCAAUCAAGAAGAUGAGCACUGGAACCAAAAGGAAGUUACAGCCAAACUCUGAUGUUGAAGCACGAACAAUCAAGUUGUACCGGGCACUUGUGAUUGAUGCAGGAGGUAAUGGGAACUCAAAUGCAUGUGCAAGAGAAGCCAGAAGUUCUUCUGAUCAUUCAGAUCGGUUGAACUUAAAAAAAGGUGAUACACAAGCCAUUUAUAACUAUCUUUGUCGUAUGCAAUUGACUAACCCAAAUUUCUUUUACUUGAUGGAUAUUAACGAUGAAGGAUGUGUGAGGAAUGCGUUCUGGGUAGAUGCCCGGUCUAGGGCUGCAUGUGGUUACUUCAGUGACGUAGUUUAUUUUGACAACACAUAUUUGUCGAACAAAUAUGAGAUGCCUCUUGUGGCAUUUGUGGGAAUAAAUCACCAUGGCCAAUCUGUGUUGCUAGGUUGUGGCCUUCUUGCAGGGGAGACCACAGAGUCUUAUGUUUGGCUAUUCAAAGCCUGGCUUACGAGCAUGUCAGAACGCUCUCCACAAACCAUUAUUACAGACAGAUGCAAGAUUUUGCAGAUUGCAAUUGCAGAGGUAUUUCCAAGAUCUCAUCAUCGUUUUGGUUUGUCGCACAUUAUGAAAAGAGUUCCAGAGAAAUUGGGGGGGCUGCGCAACUAUGAUGCUAUCAAAAAGGCAUUGGUUAAAGCAGUUUAUGAGUCUUUAAAACCAUUUGACUUUGAAGCGGCAUGGGGAUUUAUGAUCCAGCACUUUGGAAUUACUGAUCAUGAGUGGCUUCGGUCUUUGUAUGAUGAUCGAACUCGAUGGGCUCCAGUUUAUUUAAAGGAAACUUUCUUUGCGGGAUUGGCUGCUGCACGGCCUGGUGAGACCUUGAAUGCAAUUUUUGAUAGAUAUGUGCACAAGCAAACUCCCUUGAAAGAAUUUCUUGAUAAAUAUGAAUUAGCCCUACAAAAGAAGCACAAGGAAGAAGCACUAGCAGACAUGGGGUCGAGGAAUUCAACUCCCACAUUGAAAACAAGAUGUCCUUUUGAGUUGCAGCUGUCUAAAGUGUAUACUAGGGAAAUAUUUAAUAAAUUUCAAUUGGAGGUUGAGGAGAUGUAUUCUUGUUUCAGUACUACACAGUUACACAUUGAUGGGCCAAUUAUAAUAUUCUUGGUCAAGGAGCGUGUUUUGUGUGAGGGAAAUAGGAGAGAGAUUAGGGAUUAUGAAGUUCUGUACAAUAGAGCAGCAGCUGAAGUUCGUUGCAUUUGCAGCUGUUUUAACUUCUAUGGUUAUCUAUGCCGACAUGCUUUAUGUGUGCUUAACUUCAAUGGGGUGGAGGAGAUCCCUUCUAAGUAUAUUUUAUCAAGAUGGAAAAAGGAUUUCAAGCGUUUAUAUAUUCCUGACAAUGGCUCCAAUAAUGUUGAUGUUACUGAACGGAUUCAGUGGUUUAGUCAGUUACACAGAAGUGCCUUGCAAGUUGUUGAGGAGGGGGUGAUUUCUCUAGACCAUUACAAGGUUACAUUGCAAGCUUUUGAAGAAUCACUGAACAGAGUUCAUGAUGUUGAAGGAAAACAUGAAUAAGAUCUUCUGUAACCUAAACCUGUCAAACGUCCUUUCCACCCUUAUCGCUUCAACCUGUGAUUGUGCAUAAUGUAUGUUCCCAACAGCAAUUUGUAACAGAGUUAGCAAUAUGAAGAGAAGACUAUUUCAAUUGAUUAUUUUUUGUCGUAGGUUGUGCGCGUAAAAUACUAUUUUGCAGAUUCAAGGUGAAGACAGGCUGUUAGUAGUAGGUUCUGUUUCUGAGGGAACAAAAAGCUUUCCUGACUUGAUGCCUUCAAACCAGAAGUGCUUUGACAUUGGCAGUCAGCAAAGACCUGUGAGGAAAACCUAUAUUGUCAGAGAUGGGUUGGUUAAUGUUAACAAGGUUUAGUUGUUCUGCAAUAUUUGGGGAUGUGAUGAUUGAUGUAUAUAGCUUCAGCAAGGUUCAAGAAUCAAAAUCCUCUCUGCGGAGAGACUUGUUGAUUUGAUCGAGAAUGUUAUGGUGGGCGGUGAAGCCAUCAUGUUAUUGGAAAAAGGGGGUGAAUUUAGUUUAACAAUCCAUUUGAAAGUUGUAUCAAAUAAAGUAUAUAUGUCGAUUUUCUUGAACUUUGGCUCUUGCUGCGGAAUAAAGUG